CUGAUAUCUUGUGGAUCAAGCAAACCCUGAGUUCGUCUUUGUUUUGAUAAAGAGCAAUGUAGUGAAUACAAUUAAUAUGUAUCCACGAACGUCGAUACAACGAUGUAACGGAGGAUAAAGUGUUUUUUAUCAUCGUUGAUAAAAUAUCAAGGCAGAAAUACAUGUUCACGACGGAUGAAGUCUGAAGAUGGUGAUACUUAAACACAGAUGGAUUAACAUACACAUAACGUUUAAGAAAUACGCAUUGUAAACAAUGGAAAAAGAUAUUGAAAAACGUAAAACAAAAUCAUAUGAACCACAAACAUUUGAUGACAUCUUGAAAUCAUCAGAUUUUGAGGCGGAUUUUGGCAACAAAACUGACCAGAACAAAAGAACAGAGCACACAUUUCAGUGCUGUGCUCCUUGUGGUGCUAAGAAUGUCAAGAAAGAAGCAAGAAACGUAUGCCAGCAAUGCGAAAACGAAUUUCUAUGCCCUGAAUGCUCUGAAAACCACACAGUUGGCAAGUUAACUAGAAAUCACGCACUCAUCAGUGUUGAAAUGUUCAUCGAUACUUUAAACAAAGUUAUCCUAUUCUGCGACCCGUGUAAUGCUAAAAAUUUAAAAAAAGAAGCUAAAAACGUUUGUCGGAAAUGUGGAAACGAAUUUCUUUGCGCUGAAUGUUCUGAAAAUCAUAAAGUCGGGAUGUUAACUGGAACUCAUGUUCUUUUCAGUGCUGAAAGGUUUGUCGGAAUUUUACAGAAAGACACCAAAUGUUGUGAACCUUGUGAUGCCAAGAAUAUAAAAACAGAAGCUCUUAACGUAUGUCAGCAAUGCGAAAACGAAUUUUUAUGCGCUGGAUGCUCCGAAAACCAUAAAGUCGGGAAGUUAACUAGCUCUCACGUUCUUAUGAAGGCUGACAAAUUCAUCAAGACUUCAAAGAAAAACAUCAAAUUAUGUGACCCUUGUGGUGCCAAGAAUAUAAAGAAAGAAGCAAGAAACGUAUGCCAGCAGUGUGAAAACGAAUUUCUAUGCGCCGAAUGCUCUGAAAACCAUAAAGUUGGGAGGUUAUCUAACACUCACAUUCUUGUGAGUGCUCAAACAUUUGUAGAGACUUCAAAGACAGACACCAAAUUAUGUGACCCUUGUGUUGCCAGGAAUGUCAAGAAAGACGCACAAAAUGUAUGUAAGGAGUGUGGAAACGAAUUUCUAUGCGCCGAAUGCUCUGACAAUCAUAAAGUCGGGAAGAUAACAAGCAGUCACCUUCUUGUCACUGCUAAAAUGUUUGUUGAAUCAUUAAAGGAAGAAAGCAAAUUUUGCGAUCCUUGCGAUGCCAAAAAUGUCAAGAAAGAAGCACGGGACGUAUGUCAGCAGUGCGACAACGAAUUUUUAUGUGCCGAAUGCUCUGAAAACCAUAAAGUUGGGAGGUUAUCUAGCACUCACAUUCUUGUGAGUGCUCAAACAUUUGUAGAGACUUCAAAGAAAGGCACCAAAUUAUGUGACCCUUGUGUUGCCAGGAAUGUCAAGAAAGACGCACACAAUGUAUGUAAGGAGUGUGGAAACGAAUUUCUAUGCGCCGAAUGCUCUGACAAUCAUAAAGUCGGGAAGAUAACAAGCAGUCAUCUUCUUGUCACUGCUAAAAUGUUUGUUGAAUCAUUAAAGGAAGAAACCAAAUUUUGCGAUCCUUGCGAUGCCAAAAAUGUCAAGAAAGAAGCACGGGACGUAUGUCAGCAGUGCGACAACGAAUUUUUAUGUGCCGAAUGUUCUGAAAACCAUAGAGUCGGAAAGUUAACUCGCACUCACGAUCUUAUGAGUGCUGAAAAGUUCGGCGAGACAUCAAAGAAAGAAACUAAAUUAUGUGACCCAUGUGGGUCCAAGAACGUAAAAAAAGUAGCCAUAAACGUAUGUCAGCAGUGUGAAAACGAAUAUCUUUGUGAUGAAUGCUCUGAAAACCAUAAAGUUGGAAAAUUAACUAGCACUCACGCUCUUGUGAGUGCCAAAAAGUUCGUGGAUACUUCAAAGAAAGAAACCAAAUUGUGUAACCCUUGUGGUGCAAUGAAUGUCAAGAAAGAAGCACGGGACGUAUGUAAGCAGUGCGACAACGAAUUUUUAUGUGCCGAUUGCUCUGAAACCCAUAAAGUCGGAAAGUUAACUCGCACUCACGAUCUCACGAGUGCUCAAAAGUUCGUCGAGACUUCAAAGAAAGAAACCAAAUUAUGUGAUCCUUGUAUGGCCAUGAACUAUAAGAAAGAAGCUCGAAACGUAUGUCAGCAGUGCGAAAACGAAUUUCUAUGCGAUGAAUGCUCUGAAAUUCAUAAAAUGUUAAGGUCAACACGCACUCACGUUCUUCUGAAAGCUGAAUCUUACAAAACAAGUGUACAACAAGAAGAGUCUGUUAACAUUCCAGCUUGACAACAGCUUUAUUUAUUGGCAACUUCAAUGACGUUAAGGUUAUUUACUCAACGCUUUCAAAAGACGGUGUAAAUGAAGUUAGAUGAAAACACAGCAAGCGUCUCCGAUGUCCAGAACGAGAAACAACAUGCGAAGACUCCUGGCCGACCAAGUGCCAGCAAUAUUGGACAAGACAACAUCACACUCGCAUGGACUAAGCCAUAUUUCCACAAAGAAUGCGACUUUUACCAAGUUAGUUUCAAGAAAAAUUAUGAAGGAUGCAAAUGGCGAAUCUACGAAGAGGACUUUAAAAGGAGCACUGUGGAACUUUCUAAUUUAGACACUGAGUGUGCCUACUUGUUCCGCGUUCGCGGUGUUUACGGAGAUAAUGAAGGGCCUUAUAGUGAAAUCAGUGAUGUAGUUAUAACAUUGAAAUCGCAAGCGUCUAAAUUAUUGCAAUUUUCUCAACCCCAUGAACACAAAAAAGGUGUAUCGCCUACAAAAUAUGCCUUACCGACCACGCAAGUUCAGAGAGCAAGAAAUGGCAAACUUAAAAUCAGGAAAUUGGAAAUAGGAGCAUGUGUCAGACAUCAUACAGAGAAAACAAUCAUGAUGAUAGGCGAAACAGGAACUGGCAAGAGUACCAUGAUCGAUGGAAUGGUUAAUUACAUACUCGGCGUGAAAUGGACCGAUCACUUUCGAUAUACAGUCGUCAGAUUAGAAGAUGAAGAAAUCCCGCAUAGGUCUAAUCAGGCAGUGUCUCAAACAGAAUGGAUCACAACUUAUACAAUACACUACAAUGAUGGAAGUAGAAUUCCAUACAAAAUUAAUAUAAUUGACACACCAGGAUUUGGGGAUACUCGUGGGCUCGAUAGAGACCAGGCAAUCGUUGAACAGAUACGCGAAUUGUUUUCUAAACCACCACCCAUAGGCAUAUUAACCAUCGAUGCUGUUUGCUUUUUGAUUAAAGCACCAGAUGCCCGGCUGACUGCAAUGCAGCGUUACAUUUUCGAAUCAAUCAUGUCAAUAUUUGGAAAAGAUAUUGGGAACAACAUAUGUGCCCUUAUAACAUUCGCCGAUGGGAGAUCACCCCCAGUUAUAGCAGCUCUUGAAGAAUCCAAACUACCCUUUGGCGAGAGAUUUAAAUUCAAUAAUUCAGGUUUGUAUGAGUCGAAUAAUGAGCGAGAAAGAAACUCUUUGUCAAAAAUAUUCUGGGAAAUGGGUAUUGCAAGUUUUAAAAGCUUGUUUGAUCAUUUAGACACACUUACGCAAAGGAGUCUUCAGUUGACAACUUCUGUCUUAAAUGAAAGAAUGCGGCUUGAAGGUACUGUACAAAAUCUGCAACCAAAAUUGGACGCAGGUCUUAUGAAACUUGAUCAACUCAAUAAUGUCAUAACAAUAUUUGAAGCAAACGAAACGAUUAUAGCGGCCAACAAAAAUUUUACUUACAAAGAGAAGAAAAUAAAAAUGAAACAAUAUGAUCUUCCGCAUGGUCAACAUGUAACAAAUUGUAUUGAUUGUACCUUCACAUGUCACGAAAAUUGUCGCUACGCUGAUAAUGAAAAGAAGCGCAAAUGUAAGACUAUGGAUACAAAUGGAAAUUGCAAGGUGUGUCCUGAUAAAUGUUUCUGGGAUAGACAUGCUAACACUCCCCAUAUAUUUAAGUUAGAGGAAGUUGAAGUAACAGGUACAUACAAUGAGAUGAAACAGAAAUUUGAAUCCGCCGCAAAGGAAAAAUUGACUCAUGAGCAACUAUUAGACAACAUGCGUGACGAGAUAGAAAUCAUGGCUGAUGCCAUUGUAGAUAUGAUGCUGGUUAUAGUUGACUGUAAUGAAAAGCUUGCACAAAUCGCAUUACAACCGAGUCCACUUACCAUGACUGACUACAUAGACCUUAUGAUAGAGGACGAAAAGCAACAAAAGAAAUCUGGAUAUAUGGCAAGAAUUGAAUCACUUAACGUUAUGAAAAAACGUUCACGUGUGUUAGUAGAGGGUAAAUCAUUUCUUGAACAAUCUUGUAUAGUCGAUCCAAAGAAAGAAGGUUUGGUUACGAAAGCAGUAAAGUCAGCAAAAGAAGUAGUUAAAAAUUUCAGAAAAGUUUUUGGGUUCUGAAAGUCCGCAUUUUCUGCGAGUUCAUAUGUUUAAGACAAGCUAAAUGUUCAUUUAUUUAAUUUUAAAGGGGGGGGGAAUUGGAUUGUAGUUUUUAAACAAGGCGCAUAUGCUUACACACACAAUGUAAACAUAUAUAAUCAAAUCAAAAUAAAACAGUUUAAUCCACGUUGAAACAUGAGUUUUUUUCUAUUGCAAAAAUGUUUAUAAAAAACCAUAACACACUUUAUUUCACAUGGACUUGUUUGCAUGUAUUAUCCAGAUGCGGGAUAUAGUAUAGGUUUUUCCUUUUCGUAUAGGAUAUUUUUUGUACCAGCAUAUAUUACUUUUUACAGCAAUUAUUUUAAAUUGUUCUAUUUUAUUGUUGAUACAUAGUUGAUUAAGUGAAGCAUGCUUUUUGUUUAAAUUAGGCAAUCAUGUGUUAUAUAUUCAUAUAUGUGUGUUAUAUAUCCAUCAAUUUAGCAGAAUAUAGAAAAUAGCGAUGGCUCACCAAUACAUAUUUUUACCAAAACCCCUUUUUCUUAGAUAUAGUAUUGCAUUCACGUUUGUAAAAUUUCUUUCUUCAAAAUGUAUAUAUUUGACACAUCGUAUGUGUUAAUUUUCUUUUUGUCUUAGUCAGUAACUAUUUAAGCAUGUUAUCUGUAUGUGUAUGUAUAAAGUGUUCUUAUCGCAUCUUUGUGUGGAUAAAAAAAAUUAGUGUACUACUAAAUGUAUAUGUGUUAUUAUGACAUGUCCCCAUAUGUAGACAUGUUGUUAAAAUUAGGAAGCGCGUAACUCAACAUGUAAAAUUAAACUAUUAUAUUUGUGUUCUUAUUUUCGAAGAAAACUAAGAUUUUGAAAUCAAUGCAAUUAACGACGUAAUUUUAUAGACAUGCAUUGGGUAAGGACAUAUAGUUGUUUUCAUUUAGGCAAACGACGAUGAUAAUUUCGCGUCUUACCUGAUAAAACACAUAUUUUGCAUAAGUGAUGAGAACGUAUUUGUUUUAACAACCAUAUUUUGUAUGUGUCUUUAUCUAAUUAGAUGUUGAAUCUUAGUACUUUUUUCUAUUAUUUUACUCUGUAAAAAAGAUCGAAUAUUGUCAAUCCCUCUUAAAACGAAUCUAUUUUCAAAAUGUUGAUAUUUCUUGGCCUAGUUUGGUAUUACUUUCUGUGUGUAUUGUAUUGCUCUUAUACUGAUUGAAAUGAAUUUAAUGUAAAUAUGUGAAUCAAUGAAUAUGUAUUCAUCAGCAUCCGCUAAAUUUGUAUGAAUUAAAUCAACGUACUAUAUCGUUUUGUUACGGUUAGAUGACGUGAGUGAUAAGGGUGAAUGUAAUUUUAAAAGAUUUUUUGUAGGGUAUAUUAAAUUUAUAUAUUUCAGUGCAUUAUCUUAAAAAUACAGACUAAGAAAUAUUAGAAUGCUAUAAUCUUAGUAAUGUUUUGAUAACAUGAUUUGUGGUCGAGUAACGCACGGUCUUAAUAUAAUCGAUCAAAUCUGUUUGGUUCCAAACACAAACGGGAGCAAAUAUCCUUUGGAUAUAUCAUACUGUCGACCUAAAGUUUAAUCGUUAUAAAAUGUGAAAAGAGAGUUAUGUCGGAAUGUGCUUCUGCUAAAUUGACAAUUAAUAGUAACUAUAUUUGAACGAGUUCACUUGUUUAUUUUAUUCAAGGGUGUCGAUAAUACCGACAACAUAUCGUGUUAUGGGUAAAUUUUUUGUUAGAAAAACCAAUAGAUUCUCAUUAUGUAAAAAAUACGAAAACAAUAUCGACACUAAACAGUAUUUCUUAAUGUAUCGAUUACCUCCGACUCUUUAGUCCUGCUCGUGGAUUAUGAGAAAAUAAACAAUAAUAGAAAACUUGUUUCUCUAAAUUAUGAAUUGGGUCAUUAAAUGCGAUGUAUGACGACAACGCGAUAUGGCUGCAAUUAUGUAGGCACACAUGCAUUUAUAACUAGUUGUCUAAAAUAAUACUAACACGAGUGAUUGCAAGGUGAAAUUUGUUGUGUAAAUGUUGGUUUAAAAAAAUUUAGAGUAUAUUUGUUUGUGUGUGAAAAUCAAUAUUAAUGACAUUGAAUUAAUAUUAUUAAAUCAAUAUUGUUAGAAAGUUUAAGGGAAUGUAAUAGUAUAUUACUAAGCAUAUUGAUUAUAAGUGUGAUUUUACACAUUAAAUUGAUUUUUUUAUUUUGUAAGCAAAUAAAACGUGUUAUUCUUAUGUUAUGUAUUAAUAUAUUAUUAUUUUUAUUAUGUUGAUUAUUGAAUAUCCUAGUUGUUUUUUAGCAGGAAUAUUUUAAUCGGUCACAGGGUUGGAGACAAAAUAGAAAUACGAACCGAUUAGAAACUUCGAUUUUGAAAGCAGAUCGCGUUGCUGGUCUGUAAGAUUUAUUAGCACAAACUUUGAAGCGAUCGCGGUUAAGUGCAAAUGAUUGACUGAAACAUAAUUGCCGUUAUGUGAUGGUGAAUAUUAGUUAAAUGCGAAAAUGGGCACACAGUUAUCAUGAUAUGAUCACCUGCCUGCUGUUAAGGUCACUUGUAAUCUAUAAUUGCUGCUUGUUCAACUGUUUUAAUACGUCUUGA